AUGUCUCCUGAUCUGGAGGAAGCAUGCCGGAUGUGUGCAGUUGAUCGAAAGUAUUCCUCGAUUUUCACGAUGCAGGCACUGUCAUCUGUGAUUGGUCGGGAAAUAGUAUCAGUGUAUCCCGCCAUCAAUGGUUUGCUUGACAAGUGUCUGAGCAUAUUGAACAUUGUUCUCCUGCCAAGAAUUUCUACGUCAAGAAGAUGUGGCAGUAGAAUUUUCCUGUUGUGGACCAGAAUGGCCGGGCCCAUUCCUCAACCCCGUGGUAGGACCUGGAUUCCAGACCAUUUCGUCCCUUUAAUUGAGAAAGUUGUUCCACAGUUGAACUCAUCUUCGCCCAUUAACGUUGACAGUCCUCAACCCAAUUUUGACAUGUCUCCAUUGGAUCCAAAGCUAUCUUGGAUGAACCAAGUGGAUGACCAGCAACCCUCCUGUAAAUCCGAGGACCACCAAUCCGCCAGCAGCGAAGUGCAUGACGAGCAACCCAGCACACCACCGCAAGAUAAGUCUGAUUUCGACUCCGAGAACCACCAAUCUGCCAGCGAUGAAGUGUAUGACAAGCAACCCAGCACUCUACCGCAAGAGAAGUCUCUUUUUGACUCUGAGUACCACCAAUCUGUCAGCGACGAAGUGUAUGUCCGGCAACCCAGCACACCACCGCAAGAGAAGUCUGAUUUCGACUCUGAGAACCACCAAUCUGUCAGCGACGAAGUGUAUGACCAGCAAUCCAGCACUCCACCGCAAGAGAAGUCUCUUUUUGACUCCGAGAAUCACCAAUCUGUCAGCGACGAAGUACCUGAACAUCUCGAUUCCACAACCCCUUCAACCGAGAAUAUGUUACCAGGACGUUUUCUGGACAUCGAAUCGCUAUGUGAGUUGUUGAAAACCGAAUCUACCCCAAUCUCCACAAUUCCAAAAGGUGUCAAAGAAAAUGUGUACUUUUCUUAUCAACAAUGA